UCUUUCCAUUGGCCGGCCAAGUUUCACUUCAUUGGGAAGUGUAUUUUUCAAGUUGCUGAGCAGCAAUACGUGUUAGUGCCUCUUGGGGAGUGAGACACCUGGAUUCAGGGACCUGACCGGCAACAAUGACAGCUGACGAAUUGGUUUUCUUCGUGAAUGGCAAAAAGGUGGUGGAGAAAAAUGCAGAUCCAGAAACAACCCUUUUGGCCUACCUGAGAAGAAAAUUGCGGCUGAGUGGGACCAAGCUGGGCUGUGGAGAAGGGGGCUGUGGGGCUUGUACCGUGAUGCUUUCCAAGUACGAUCGUUUCCAGAACAAGAUCGUCCACUUUUCUGCCAAUGCCUGCCUGGCCCCCAUCUGCUCUUUGCAUCAUGUUGCUGUGACUACCGUGGAAGGAAUAGGAAGCACCAAAUCCAGGCUGCAUCCUGUGCAGGAGAGAAUUGCCAAAAGCCAUGGCUCCCAGUGUGGGUUCUGCACCCCUGGCAUCGUCAUGAGCAUGUACACGCUGCUCCGGAACCAGCCUGAGCCCACCAUUGAGGAGAUCGAGAACGCCUUCCAAGGAAACCUGUGCCGCUGCACGGGCUACAGACCCAUCCUCCAGGGCUUCCGGACCUUCGCCAAGGAUGGUGGGUGCUGUGGAGGGAGCAGGGACAACCCCAACUGCUGCCUGAACCAGAAGAAAGACUGCUCACGGGUCAUUCUCUCGCCAUCUUUGUUCAACCCAGAAGAGUUCAUGCCACUGGACCCCACCCAGGAGCCCAUCUUCCCUCCAGAGCUGCUGAGGCUGAAAGAUGUUCCUCAGAAGCAGCUGUGUUUUAAAGGCGAGCGAGUGACCUGGAUCCAGGCCUCCACCCUGAAGGAGCUGCUGGACCUCAAAGCCCAGCACCCCGAGGCCAAGCUGGUGGUGGGGAACACGGAGAUUGGCAUUGAGAUGAAGUUCAAGAACAGGCUGUUUCCUAUGAUUGUCUGCCCAGCCUGGAUCCCUGAGCUGAAUGCAGUGGAGCACGGACUGGAGGGUAUCUCCUUUGGAGCUGCUUGCCCCUUGAGCAUUGUGGAAAAGACACUGCACGAUGCUGUUAACAAACUUCCUGCCUACAAAACAGAGGUGUUCAAAGGUGUCCUGGAGCAGUUGCGCUGGUUUGCUGGGAAGCAGGUCAAGUCUGUGGCGUCCAUUGGAGGGAACAUCAUCAAUGCCAGCCCCAUCUCUGACCUCAAUCCUGUGUUCAUGGCCAGUGAGGCCAAGCUGACCAUCGUGUCCAGAGGCAUCAAGAGAACAGUUCGGAUGGACCACACCUUCUUCCCUGGCUACAGGAAGACCCUACUAGCUCCGGAGGAGAUCCUGCUUUCCAUCGAGAUCCCCUACAGCAGGGAGGGUGAGUUUUUCUCAGCAUUCAAGCAGGCCUCUCGGAGGGAAGAUGACAUAGCCAAGGUGACCAGUGGCAUGAGAGUCCUGUUCCAUCCAGGAACCGCACAGGUAAAGGAGCUGGCCCUUUGCUAUGGCGGAAUGGAUGACAGAACCAUCUCAGCUCUCAAGACCACACGGAAGCAGGUGGAAAAUUUAUGGAAUGAGGAUCUGCUGCAGAACGUGUGUGCAGGCCUGGCAGAGGAGCUGAAGCUGUCCCCCGAUGCCCCUGGCGGCAUGGUGGACUUUCGGCGGACCCUCACCCUCAGCUUCUUCUUCAAAUUCUACCUGACAGUGCUUCAGAAAUUAGAGAGAGGGAACUUAGAAAAUAAGUGUGGGAAGCUGGACCCCACCUAUGCCAGUGCCACCUUACUCUUUCAGAAAGACCCUCCAGCCAACGUCCAGCUCUUCCAAGAGGUGCCUGAGGGUCAGUCUGAAGAGGACAUGGUGGGCCGGCCCCUGCCCCACCUGGCUGCGGCCAUGCAGGCCUCCGGGGAGGCUGUGUACUGUGACGACAUCCCUCGCUACGAGAACGAGCUGUCCCUCCGACUGGUCACCAGCACCCGGGCCCAUGCCAAGAUCAAGUCCAUAGAUACUUCAGAAGCUGAGAAGGUGCCAGGGUUCGUUUGCUUUCUCUCUUUUAAUGAUGUUCCUGGGAGUAAUAAAACUGGAAUUUUUAACGAUGAAACAAUCUUUGCAGAGGAUGAGGUGACUUGUAUUGGGCACAUCAUUGGUGCUGUGGUCACCGACACUCCAGAACAUGCACAGAGAGCUGCUCAGGGGGUGAAAAUCACCUAUGAAGAACUUCCAGCCAUUAUUACAAUUGAGGAUGCUAUAAAAAACAAUUCCUUUUAUGGGUCUGAGCUGAAGAUCGAGAAGGGAGAACUCACGAAGGGGUUUUCAGAAGCAGACAACGUUGUUUCAGGCGAAGUGUACAUAGGUGGGCAAGAGCACUUCUACCUGGAGACUCACUGCACCAUCGCCGUCCCGAAAGGUGAGGAAGGGGAGUUGGAGCUCUUUGCGUCUACACAGAACACCAUGAAGACCCAGGCCUUCGUGGCAAACAUGUUGGGGGUUCCAAUAAACCGGAUUUUGGUCCGAGUGAAGAGAAUGGGAGGAGGCUUUGGAGGGAAAGAGACCCGGAGCACCCUGGUGUCCACGGUAGUAGCCCUGGCUGCAUACAAGACUGGCCGCCCUGUGCGCUGCAUGCUGGAUCGUGAUGAGGACAUGCUGAUAACUGGUGGCAGACAUCCCUUCUUAGCCAAAUACAAGGUUGGCUUCAUGAAGACUGGGAAGGUGGUGGCUCUGGAGGUGGAGCACUACAGCAAUGCUGGGAAUACCCUGGAUCUCUCCCAGAGUAUAAUGGAACGAGCCCUAUUCCACAUGGACAACUGCUAUAAAAUACCCAAUAUCCGGGGCACUGGGCGGCUCUGCAAGACCAACCUGCCCUCCAACACGGCCUUCCGGGGCUUUGGGGGACCCCAGGGCAUGCUCAUUGCUGAGUAUUGGAUGAGUGAAGUCGCGAUGACCUGUGGGCUGCCUGCAGAGGAAGUGCGGAGGAAAAACAUGUAUAAGGAAGGGGACCUGACACACUUCAACCAGAAGCUUGAGGGGUUCACCUUGUCCAGGUGCUGGGAGGAAUGCCUAGCAAGCUCUCAGUAUCACGCCCGGAAGAGUGAGGUUGACAAGUUCAAUGAGGAGAAUUAUUGGAAGAAGAGAGGAUUGUGUAUAAUUCCUACCAAGUUUGGAAUAAGCUUCACUCUUUCUUUUCUGAAUCAGGCAGGAGCCCUGAUUCAUGUGUACACAGAUGGCUCUGUGCUGCUGACCCAUGGGGGCACUGAGAUGGGCCAAGGCCUACACACCAAGAUGGUCCAGGUGGCCAGCAGAGCUCUGAAAAUCCCUACCUCUAAGAUUUACAUCAGUGAGACAAGCACGAACACUGUGCCCAACACCUCUCCCACGGCCGCCUCCGUCAGCGCUGACAUCAAUGGACAGGCUGUCUAUGAAGCUUGUAAGACCAUCCUGAAAAGACUGGAGCCCUUCAAGAAAAAGAAUCCUAGUGGCUCCUGGGAAGAUUGGGUCAUAGACGCCUACGAGAACACAGUGAGCUUGUCUGCGACUGGGUUUUAUAGGACACCCAACCUUGGCUACAGCUUUGAGACUAACUCGGGGAAUCCCUUCCACUACUUCUCCUAUGGGGUGGCUUGCUCUGAAGUGGAGAUCGAUUGCUUAACCGGGGAUCACAAAAACCUCCGUACCGACAUUGUCAUGGAUGUUGGUUCCAGUCUGAACCCUGCCAUUGAUAUUGGACAGGUGGAAGGAGCAUUUGUGCAGGGCCUUGGCCUCUUCACCCUGGAGGAGCUGCACUACUCCCCAGAGGGGAGCCUGCAGACCCGUGGCCCCAGCACCUAUAAGAUCCCUGCGUUUGGCAACAUCCCCACUGAGUUCAGAGUGUCCCUGCUCCGCGACUGCCCCAACAAGAAGGCCAUCUAUGCGUCCAAGGCCGUCGGGGAGCCGCCCCUCUUCCUGGCAGCCUCUGUCUUCUUUGCCAUCAAGGACGCCGUCCGUGCAGCUCGUGCUAGGAACUCAGAUUGUAAAACGAAGCUUUUCCGGCUAGACAGCCCUGCAACCCCAGAAAAGAUCCGCAAUGCCUGCGUGGACGAGUUCACCACACUGUGUGUCACUGGCAUACCAGAAAACUGUAAGCCCUGGUCAGUGAGGGUCUGAAGAGAAAGCCCCCAGAAGAGUCUUCUUAUGCUACAUCAGAGCUUCCAUGGAGCAUGGAACCCACCCUGCAGAGCAUGAGUCUAUACAAGUUGUGGGAUGAUGAUGCUUGAUUCAUCAGAUUGGUGUUUGGAAGAACACUGAAUGCGUUGGAAGAUUUUGAUCACAAAUAUGAUUUGCAAACUUAACAAUAAGGAAAUUCAGAACUGUCAGGCCCAUGUGGCUAAUAGGCAAUUAGAAUCUUUUUAUGUCUGUUUUAAUCAUGUUUUUGAAAUAGGUUUAAGAAGUUCUUGUGCUAUGUCCCAACUCACAGGACAGGCUGUAGAACCUCAGGUUCAAAGAGGAUGCCCACAAACCUCUAGAAGCUUAAAUUCUAAAUCCGUGUGCUUUUUCAGAAAGCCUUUCCUUCAAACCAAUGAAUGUCAUAAUAUAACCUCAAAUCCAUACUCAAAUUUGCAGCGGGACAGUGGGGUGAGAUUCAGACCUCUACCCACCACUGGGUCAUUGAGGAAAAUAAACAAUGAAACAAAUUCAAGGUUAAUUGAAUCUGAUCAUGUUAAGUGGCAGAAAGUAAAUUAUUCCACAUCAUCAAAAGCCAACCAACCCAAUUAUUGAGCACCUACAAUGUGCUCGGUUUCUUUCUCUUCCCUUUUGUACAUUAAAAAAAAAAUCAGGUUGAAAAAUCUUCAUUUGAAGCCACAAUAAUUUCCAUUUAGAAAUCAUGCUACAAAAAUCAAGAUGAGCCAGAGGAAUCAUAGUCAAGGAGCCUGGGUUCUCAUCUCAGCUGUGUCUCUAUCUGCGUGACCUUGGUCUGUCACUUCUCUUUUCUGUGCUUUAUUUUACUGCAGGAUGAAAGGGUUGGACUGGAAUAAUCUCUAAGGCCUUCUCCAGCUCUAAAAGUCUAUAAAUAUAUGACCUGAAAACUCCAGUUAUAUAAGGGAUCUGCAGCUAUCAGAGACUUGGCUCCCUUACUGUGAUGUGAUAUCUGGGCUUAGUGAAUCCUGCUUAGAUUCUCCCAAGUUCCUGAGGUUGGUAAAGAGAACAGGAGAGGAGCAAACAUCCCUUCUAGCUGCUCCAACCGGUGACUUCAUUGCUGUGUGGUAUGGGGUGGGUGAUGUGUCAGUCAUGUGCCUUCACUGCUUCAAACACCCAGCUUUCUGCCAGAUGGGGCCAUGGUUCUGACCGUGGAAGGAGAAUGAUGGAAGCUAUGCACUUGAGCCUGGUGCUUGAUGCCACUAAUAAAGUAAAUGGUCAGCUUGUUGGCCUAUGA